UCCCCACCCCCAUCUUGAGUGUCAUCAGUCAUUUGGCGAAGAUGGUUCACUGCAGGGCACAACGAUUGAGGGAAUUCCUUUAACCAUCAAAGAAAAUUCCAAUUGUCACCACCUACAGGCCAAAUACAGAGUGUAAGCUUCUAGAACUUUCUUCCCUCAGCCCACAGGGGAGGAAGAGAAUGUUGAGGAAAAACAAGGGAGCUGUACAGGGAGAUGCGACACACACAGUGACGCCCACCUGAACCCAAACCUGAUGCCCACCCGCAUCCAACCCAGACCCACUCGGUUUUCGAGCAACCCUGUGACCUCCCAGACGCCAGCCUGCGGGGCCAAGCCCUCGCAUCGCGAAAAUAAGGGGCAGGCGCCCAUGCAGUAUGCCUCCAUGGACCAAUCAGAGCUUAGCCUGCCCUCACGCCACCCAGCGAUUGGCCAAUGGGAAGGUUACACCCUCUAUAAAAGAGGGCAGGCUUCGCGCUUACGCACGUUGGCGAGGGACGGAGGAGACAGUUACAGCUGCUGUCAUCUAGGUGACGGAAGCGGUAGCGGCAUGGCCCGAACGAAGCAGACUGCGCGCAAGUCCACCGGUGGCAAAGCGCCUCGUAAGCAGCUAGCUACCAAAGUUGCUCGUAAGAGCGCUCCAGCCACCGGUGGCGUGAAGAAGCCUCAUCGCUACCGGCCUGGAACCGUAGCACUGCGCGAGAUCCGCCGCUUCCAGAAGUCGACCGAACUUCUGAUUCGGAAGCUGCCGUUUCAGCGCCUGGUGCGGGAAAUUGCGCAGGAUUUCAAAACUGAUCUGCGCUUUCAGAGUUCCGCUGUGAUGGCACUGCAGGAGGCAUGCGAGGCGUAUCUAGUCAGUCUCUUUGAAGACACCAAUCUGUGUGCCAUCCAUGCUAAGCGUGUCACCAUCAUGCCUAAGGAUAUUCAGCUGGCACGGCGAAUUCGUGGAGAACGAGCCUAGAUUCUUUGGCGUAUGUGACUGCUAAUCUUUGA